AAAUGUCUUCAGUUCAGCCUCAGAGAGUUUAUCAAGCAGCAGGAAACUCCUGCUGAAGAAACAUUCACAGAGUGGAAAGAAAUCAACGUUAAGAUGGAGGAAGAGAUGGACGAUCAGCGCAGAUGAUGGAUUUUACCCGGAUACCCAAGAUCAUCUUGCACCGGAUAGAUCUCCCACAACAGUGGACAUGUAAAGAGGAGGGGGUUCUCAAGGGCCCAGCAACCAGGAGGAAAACUCCACUUUAAAUCAAGAGGAACCAGAACCUGUGCAGAUGAAAUGGGAACAAAAGGAACCAGAACCUCUGCAGAUGAAACAAGAACAAGAGGAACCAGAACCUCUGCAGAUGAAACUGGAACAAGAGGAACCAGAACCUUUGCAGAUGAAAUGGGAACAAGAGGAACCAGAACCUCUGCAGAUAAAACAGGAGCAAGAGGAACCAGAACCUCUGCAGAUAAAGCAGGAACAAGAGGAACCAGAACCUCUGCAGCUCAAAGAUGAAGAGAAGCUUGUGCUGAAGCAGGAAAAUGAGACUUCAAAACAGAAAAUGCACAAGAAAGCUCAGCCAAACCAAGAACUAUAUUCUUGUGAAAUUUGUGACAAAACCUUUUCUGAAAACAGUUCCUUCAUGACACACAUGACAACUCACACGGCUAAGAAACCUUUCAUAUGUUUGACUUGUGGAAAAAGAUACCGUUACAAGAGUCGUUUAAUUGAUCACAUGAGAAUUCAUACAGGUGAAAAACCGUUCACAUGUGCUGCUUGUGGAAAAAGUUUCCAUCUAAAUGGUACUUUAAGCAGACACAUGAGAAUUCACUCUGGUGAGAAACCUUACACAUGCACAGCCUGUGGAAAACAUUUUGCAUGUAAAUCUCAAUUACUUGAUCACAUGACUAUUCAUACAGGUGAGAAGCCUUUCUCAUGUGGAACCUGUGGAAAAAGUUUCCGGAGGAAACCUGAUUUGGUUAGUCACGUAAGAGUUCACACAGGUGAGAAGCCAUUCUCAUGUGAGACCUGUGGAAAAUGUUUCUCUCAUAAAAACAGUUUAAGUGUUCACAUGAGAGUUCACACGGGUGAGAAGACUUUGUCUUGUGGCACCUGUGGAAGAAAUUGCUUGAAUAAAUCUGACUUAGUUAAUCACAUGAGAACUCACACAGGCGAGAAGCCUUUCUCAUGCGGGACCUGUGGAAAAAGUUUUGCUGGAAGACAUCGUUUAACUUCUCACAUGAAGUCUCAUACAGGCAAAACUUCUUUCUCAUGUGGGACAUGUGGAAGAAGUUUCACUCGUAAAUUGAUUUUAACUGCUCACAUGAGAACUCAUAUGGGUGAGAAGCCUUUCUCCUGUGGGACAUGUGGAAGAUGUUUCUCUCGUAACAUACAUUUAACUGCUCACAUGAGAACUCACACAGGUGAGAAGCCUUUUCCAUGUGGGAUUUGUGGAAAAUCCUUUACAUGUAGAUCUGGUUUACGUCAGCACAUGACGACUCACACAAGUGAGAAGCUUUUCUCAUGUGGGAUCUGUGAAAAACGUUUUGCUCAAAAAUAUUAUUUAGAUUCUCACAUGAGAACGCACACAUGUGCAAAGUCAUUCUCAUGUGGGACCUGUAGAAGAAGUUUCUCUCAAAAAAAAUUUAACUGCUCACAUGAAAAUUCACACAGGUAAGAAGUAGGAGUGCACUAAUUUAUCAAUGUCACUUAAUUUUUGGAGAUCUGUGAUCAGCCAAUAAUUACCUGUGAAUUUGA